ACUCCCUGCUCUCCCCCACUCCGGGUUAAUGUCACCUUCUUAGGAUUAGAUUUACUUUUAAAAAAUAAGCCGUUUCAAUUUGGGCAGGGGUCUCGGGGACGUCCGAAUUGGUGCGAUGAUGUCAUCACCCGCCAUGUUGGGGGCGGGGCCCGCCGGCUUCCUUGGGAGAUCCGGAGGUUAUUCCUUCCCUGAAGGUCUAGUCCUUUCCCUCUCUUCGCCCCUGUCUACUACCUGGCUUCGCCACUCCCCCCGGCCUUAGGAGGCUCGGGUUCGCCUGAGAGAACGUCCCCGGCGGGAGGCUGAGCGCGCGAGGCUCUCGGAGUCCGCCCAGCGGUGGCGGCGUUGAGUGACCGGGCGGAUACCAUUUAUGUGUGUUAAAGGGGGGAUAAUUCAACAUGGAUGUAUCCCAGGCCAAAAUUGCAAAAAUGAAGCACAUCAACUUGUCCUUUUCAGCUUGUGGAUUUCUGGGAAUCUACCACUUGGGGGUAGCAUCUGCACUUUGCAAACAUGGCAAACGAUUUCUAAAAGUUGUGAAGGCCUUUGCUGGAGCUUCUGCAGGAUCUUUGGUUGCAACUGUUCUGUUAACUGCACCAGAAAAAAUAGAGGAAUGUAAUGAAUUUACAUACAAAUUUGCUGCAGAAAUUAGAAAGCAGUACGUGGGUGCCAUAACACCAGGUUAUGAUUUUAUGGCACGUCUAAGAGAAGGCAUCGAGACCAUUCUUCCUUCUAACGCUCAUGAGACAGCAGAGAAUCGACUUCAUGUAUCUAUCACUAACACAAAAAGCAGAGAAAAUUACCUAAUUUCUCAUUUUUCCUCCAGGGAAGACCUCAUUAAGGUUCUCUUGGCUAGCAGUUUUAUACCACUUUACGCAGGCCUGAAAGCAGUGGAAUAUAAAGGAGAGAAAUGGGUGGAUGGAGGGCUUACCAAUGGCCUUCCUGUCUUGCCUAUGGGGCGAACAGUGACUAUUUCACCUUUUAGUGGUCGAUUAGAUAUCUGCCCAGAAGACAAAGGACACCUGGAUCUAUACAUUAAUAUUUCAAAUCAAGAUAUCAUGUUGUCUGUGGCCAAUCUGGUCAGAAUAAAUCAAGCUCUUUUCCCACCAAGCCAGAGGAGACUGAAAACAUUGCAUCAAAAUGGAUUUCAUGAUGCUACGAAGUUUUUACUAAAAGAAAAUUGGUUUGAAUAGAAGGCUUAAAGUUUAUUAUGCAAAAGAGACCUUAAAGGAUGUCUGGAAUAGAUCUCAUUAAACCUGAAAAAUUC